AUGUCAAUGAGGCUGCCCAGAAUCCUGCAGAACAGGCGGCUUAGCCUGGAACGACUCCUCCUGAGGGGCAGCCGGGGCCACAGUCCAGAGGCUACGCCCCACCUCAGCAGGCAAGCUCUCCAGCUCUCAAGCCCCACCACACCACUCACUGCCUUCCUCGAGAUGUGCCAUGGACCCCAAAGACUUUGGCAGCCCAGCAGCAUUACCCGGUUGCCCCAGCCUUACCCCGACGCGCUGGGGAGCGGACUGUCAGGAGCUGCCCCCGGCCUCAGCCACACCGGGUCUGCGAUCUGCAAACACGCUGGUUCCCAUGGCAGCCAGGAAUGCGUCUCCCGGGCGACCGGACUGGGUUCCAGCGGAGGCGCCUCCAGGCCUCACUGCCCCGUCCGGGCCCGGGUCCAAGCGCGCGGUCCAAGCCUCAGCGCCAGCCUCCCGCGCCGCCGUGGGGCAGAGGGGGAAACUGAGGCAGCGCGGGAGAAAGGUGGGAAGGGACGGCAAGCCCCGGAUCAGGCACGUCCCCAGCCUCUCAGAGUCUCAAUUUACCGGUCCGUAAAAGGGGACGCGGCGGGGCUCUCGCAGCCCUCCGCAUUGGGCUGGAGCGAGGGCAGAAUCCAGCCGGUGGACACCGAUCAAGCCAAGACGACGGUGGUGAGCUCCCCAUCCCCGGAAGACUCCCAACAGAGGCUAGAAGGCUCCAUGCUGCAGAAGGCGUCCUCUUCGGGGCUGGGGAGAAUGGUCCGCAGACGUUUGCCGGGCCGAGAGCCUCAGUCUCCCCACCUGUCACCUGCGGGGAUUGCCUGCUCAGACCCGAGCCCGGAUCCAUUCGAUCAGACCACCAACUCUUCUCCAACAGCCAAUCAGAAGCAGGCUCUGAGGGGCCACGGCCCCACCCGGCUCCGCCUGGGCCUGGCCUCAGCUGUCCCAGUGCCUGGGGGAGGCAAAGUCACACACUUGGGGAAGGCGAUCCUGGCUGGCGGCAUUGCCGGAGGCAUCGAAGUCUGUAUCAGCUUUCCCACAGAGUACAUCAAAACUCAGCUGCAGCUGGAUGGGAGGACCAAGCAUCCCCAGUACAGCAGUAUUGGUGAGAAAGUCUCUCUGACCAUUCAGGAGCACGGCUUCCUGGGUCUCUGCCGGGGCCUCAGCUCCCUGUUCUAUGGCUCCAUCCCCAAAUCAGCAGUGAGGUUUGGCACGUUUGAGUUCCUGAGCAGCUAUGUCAGAGAUGCCGAUAGCAGACUGAGCAAUGCCAAGAGCUCCCUCUGUGGCCUUGGAGCUGGUACCACCGAGGCCAUUGUAAUCGUCUGCCCUCUGAAAACCAUAAAGGUGAAAUUUAUUCAUGAUCAGACAUCCAGAAACGUCAGAUACCAAGGAUUCAUACGUGGAAUUCGUGGGAUUGUGCGGGAAGAAGGUACUUUGGGAGCCCCUGCUGAAGCUAGAUGGGGAUCUGCCCGGGGCCUUACAGCCACUGUCAUCAAGCAAGCAUUUAACCAGGCCAUCGGCUUCUACACAAUGACCUCCUUCCGCAACUGGUACCAAGGGGACAAUCCAAAGAAAAAGAUAAACCCUUUCAUUACCUCCACCUUCGGGAUAGCUGCAGGAGCCACUAGCGUCUUUGGCAACAACCCGGUCGAUGUGGUGAAAACAAGGAUGCAGGUUUUACAAGGGAACCAUCCCACAUCUUGGCAGAGUUUGCCUGGACGUGGCCGUUGUCUUUGUCCUGUAUGGAGAAAUCAUCAAGUUUCUCAACCUGAUUUGGGUGACCAAAUGAGGACACUGCCAAGCGGCUGCCUGCUGUGGAAAUGCCCCAGGAAGUCCCUGAGGUCGCCACUGGCCGCUGGCCACCAUCCACUUCCACUGGAGCCUCCUUUUAUGGGCAUCGGCAUGAGGCCCCUGACCUGACUAGAAAGAAGCCUUCUCCCUCAGCUCUCCAACCAGAUGCC